AUGGAGACGACCAUCGCAAUCCAAAGUACUUUGCCUAACGGUUCAGUGAACAAUGAAAUAAUGCCGAGGUUGGGCUACAGCAUUCUGGCAGUAAUCAUUGGUUUAUUCUCCGUCUGUGGUGUCAUACUGAACGUGACCGUGAUCGCGGUGACUAUUAAACACAGACAGUUGCGUCAGCCGCUCAACUUUGCUCUGGUCAAUUUAGCGGUGGCAGAUCUCGGCUGCGCAAUGUUUGGGGGGCUGCCAACAACGGUGACGAACGCCAUGGGCUACUUCAGUCUGGGCAGGGUGGGAUGUGUGCUGGAAGGUUUUGCUGUGGCCUUUUUUGGUAUUGCUGGUUUGUGCUCAGUCGCGAUCAUUGCGGUUGAACGUUGUAUAGUGGUUUGCAGACCUGUAGGCUCAGUUACGUUUCAGACGAAGCAUGCGGUGAUGGGAGUGAUGGUCUCGUGGCUUUGGUCUUUUCUGUGGAACACUCCACCUCUCUUUGGAUGGGGUCGAUAUGAGCUGGAGGGUGUUAGGACAUCUUGUGCUCCAGAUUGGUACAGCAGAAACCCGGGAAACGUCUCCUACAUUGUGUGCUACUUUCUGCUCUGCUUUGCGCUGCCUUUCUCCAUCAUCGUCGUCUCUUACAUGCGUCUCUUAUGGACCCUACGACAGGUGAGCAAACUGAAAAUGUCUGAGGUUGGAAAUACAGCACGAGCAGAGACACAGGUGGCCUGUAUGGUGCUCAUCAUGGUAAUGGCCUUUCUACUGACAUGGCUGCCUUAUGCUGCUUUUGCCAUUUCUGUCAUCUUAAAUCCGAAGCUUUACAUUGACCCGAUCAUCGCCACAGUUCCCAUGUAUCUGACCAAGAGCAGUACUGUUUUUAACCCCAUCAUCUAUAUAUUCAUGAACAGACAGUUUAGGGAGCGUGCUGUGUCGUUUCUGUUGUGUGGAAGAAGAGUUCGGUCUGCUGAAAGUAUGGUGUCAGAGGAGGAGACCACUGUGAGCACCAUCAGCAAGAGUAACAGCAGGGUUUCACCCUCAUAA